AUGAAUUGGGCUGUGGGCGCUAAUUGUUACCUACUUCGGGCUGUUCUCACACAUGGAAAAAACUGGGACCUUGUCAGUGAGUCAUUAAGAACGUCUUGUAAGACGUUCUUGAAAGAUGAAAAUGUACAGGAUCUCUCAAAACAGAGUUGUUCGCUUCAAUAUAAAUAUAUUAUUGCAUCCGCACGUCAAAGAAAUCCAGGCGAUUUAACAGAGAGCCAGCUAUUAAACAUUUCACUAGAUCAUUAUACUACAUUAAGACGUGAGCAGUUGCAUGCUGCUCGGUUGGAAAUAUUGCGGGCCAUGAAGAUUGAAGAAGAGGAUGCAGAAAAGUUGCGACAAGGCCGGUAUUCUGAAAUACCUCCAGACCGAUUACUAACUUAUAGAAAAAGAUGUCGUGCACUUGGGAUUCCGGACAAAAUAGGUCGUUGUUUAAAUAUGGAACCGUUGUCUCCUAUUUCAGAGGAAAAUGACCGAACUGUCAAGAAGCUUCCCACUACACUACAACGUCCAAAUACUAAAAUUGAGAAAGAAACAAUUGAUCAGAAUGGUGGUAUCUGGAUUCCUGUUGGAACCCCUUUUAUUUAUGAGCUAUUCGAAGAGAGAUGUGAUUACAUUCAGGAAUCAUCGUUAGCUAACUUCAUACGUGCUCAAGCUAUCAUUUCACAAAGACUGGGUUUCGAAGGACAUGAUGAUGAAAUCUCAAGUCUAGAUACUACAUCAUCCAUCCAGACUCACUCAGAGGUUACAACUAGCCAUAACCAAGAAGUCAAAGUCGAAGAGUCACCCAGGGCUUCUGAACAGCUUAAUAACUUAGAUAGUGGCUCAAGCAAAAUAAGAAUACAAACAAGCCCUUCCAAGUGUUUGGAGAUCCUAGAUGAACCAAUUACUCCUAGUAGUUCCGCUCUUGUAAGUGACUCAGAAACACUGGCUUCUCCACACUUUACUCAAAGCCUUAAUUCAAGUCCUGCACUCAGUCUUGCGGAAACUCAAUCACCAUCCUUAAAAGCCGUUAAUCUGAACCGAAAGCAUAAUCAUACAAAGAGGAAGAUAUCGACUCCUGCUCCUGUUUGUCAAAACCAAGUGGGAGAGUUCACUUCAGCUCUCAGUCCCUCAAUAUCUACCAAUCUCAAUAAUGAUGAACUUACAGAUACAUCUCAGUCAUCAGUUUGUGUGGCUCGACGAUGGAGAAGAUCUCUUCUGUCAGCACUUUCUACGGUGUACAGCCAUCGUCACGCUUAUGUGUUUAUGCAUCCUGUAACUGAAGAUAUAGCUCCCGGGUACAGUACUGUUGUUUAUGAGCCAGUGGACUUAACGUCCCUUAGGCGCCGUAUGGAGUCGUCACUCAGUUACUUGAUCAGUUCUCAACAGCCUUCUGCUCUAAAUCCAUCUAUUUCUUCUUAUCGAGUUAUCAUUGAGAUCGCAAGACGUUUCAUUCGUGAUCUUUUGCUAAUGUUUAUGAAUGCAAGAAUGUACAAUAGUCAAAAUCACGAAGUCCACCGAAUGGCUGGGGAGAUGUAUCAUGAUGUCAUUAGUGAACUUCAACCUCUUUGGUCUAUUAUGGCUGAGGACAUUCCAGGAUUCCCAUCUCUGCCUUUCUUGAAUUUAACUCCUCCACAAACUACGCGUUCCUUACAACAACCUAUUGUAGCAUCGACUGCCCCAACUACUAGUCCCUCACAUCCUGCUUCAUGUGUGCUUAAAGAUGAGGAAUCGAAUGCUAGCAAGCAGUCUUCUAGUUUUUUUAUCAAGCAAAACAAACGUCCUGCUCCUGAAGGUUCGUCUCCUUCUAGUCCACUGUCUCGUAAACAUCGUCAUUCGUCUGGAAGUGAUUCUGUAGUCGGAGCUAUUACAACGCGAUCUAAAUAA